AUGCACCCUUCAAAUAAACCAAUAAAAUGGGAGUACUAUUCUAAUAUUUUCAAGAUUGAAGCUAAUUCAAUUCUUAAAGUAUGCCCAAAGCUUACUAAGAAUCAUUUUGAGCUUAAUAAUCUUUCAAAAAUGAAAGUGAAAUAUGAAGUUCAGUUAUUUAGUAUGUCAGUAGCAAAUGCUAUGGAAUUUUAUAAGAAAAAAAAAAUUGAAGGUUUUAAGGACUGUGAAGAUACUAUUAAAUUUACAGUUAUGGUCAAUGAUAUGUUUGAUGCUGUCAAUAGAAAAUUCCCCGCUGAAGGGAUUAGAAAAAAUAGCAGAGACUUAGAGUUGUUGAAAGAAGCAUUUGUUUGGAUAAACAGCUGGGAAUCAAAUUUAAAUAAUAAUUAUAUUGAGAAAAAUGAUUUUUUGACUUCAAAUACUGCCGAGGGUUUAAAAAACACUUUAAAAUCUACACUUGAUGCAGUCCAUUAUCUACGGUAUGAAAAAGAUUUCGCAUAUGUACUGACAUCUAAAUUUAACCAAGAUUGUAUGGAAGUAAAUAUUAAUUAA